AUGUCAACACCACCACCCCCUCCUGCUGCGGGAACUGCAGGAGCAGCCGCCACCAGCACUCUGCCAGGAGGAACAACAGGAGCAGGACCUCAUGUGCACGCGGCAUUACCUCCGCAUGCAGGUCAGGCACCUCCACCGAAACCAAACGUGUUUGUUCGGACCUGGGGCCACCGCGGCAAGAUCACCUUUGGGCUUUUCCUCGCCUACAGCAGCGCCAACUUUUUCUAUAAUUGGCGCUUGCAAAAAAUCCGUGAUACCAUCCCACCGGACACUAUUCUUCACUGGAGAAUCACAGACGGAUCGAUCGUGGAGACAGACACGGACAAGGGUUACUACCAAAAGGUAUUGCGUGCUGCGGGCGGUGAUUCACCAGCCCCAGUCUCGACAUUGAUUGACGUUGUGACAGCCAUCAAGCAUGCCAAGGAUGACCCCAGGAUCGUUGGUAUUAUGGCCAACUUUUCGUCGGCUAACAAGACUCAGCAAGGAAAGGGGCUUGGACUGGCCCAGAUUCAGGAAUUGAGAAACGCGAUCCAGGAGUUCAAGGAGGCCAAGGCCAAGGCUCUUGGAGGCGAGGAUAAAGUCUCUCUUAUUGCCUAUACCGACUCUUUUGACAACCAGUCGCAGUACUACUUGGCCUCGGUGUUCGACAAGGUUUACAUGCAGCCAAGCGGCAGCAUUCCCUUGGUCGGACUUUCCUCGACUGUCCCCUUCUUCAAGACUCUCCUGGGUCGGUUUGGAAUCCAGGUCCGAGCCGAGGCUCGCAAGGAGUACAAGAGCAUGGUCAGCCCCUUCACCGAAACCGAAUUACCCCCACCUCAGAAGCAAAACCUGUUUGAUCUCCUCAAGGGCCUUAACUCCCAGAUCUUGGCCGACAUUGCCAAAUCUCGUGCGCGUGCCCUUGGAAGCGACCCUGUCGAGAAACUGAACCAUUUGAUUCAAAUCGGACCCUUCAUGGGAUCGGAAGCCAAGGAUGAAGGUCUGGUGGAUGGAUUGGUGUACAAGCGGGAUUGUGGAAAGAUGAUUGAGAAGCAGGGCGCGUUCGGAUUGGCGCAUUACAUGCGUGUCAAGGCAAAGGAACAUACCAACAAGUUGGCCAAGACUGGUGAGCCCAGUCUUGUCGUCGGAAUCGUCUAUCUCAUCGGCGGCAUCAAGAGGGGUGGCGGAGAUUUUGGAGCAAACACAAUUGUCAAGGGUAUCCGCGAGGCCGCCAACGAUCCCACUGUUGAUGCUGUAGUUUUGAGAAUCGAUUCUGGUGGAGGAGAUGUGAUCGCAAGUGAUACGAUUGGAGAUGCCAUCCGCUGGUGCCAGGACGAGAAGAAGAAGCCUGUCAUUGUCAGUUUCGGAAACACGUCCGCCAGUGGAGGAUACUUUGUCUCUACCCACGCCAAGGCUAUCAUGGCUCAACCGACGACGGUGACGGGAAGUAUUGGAGUAGCGUCGUUGAGACCAUACUUCACGCCCGAGUUCUUCAAGCUGAUCGGUGUGAGCGUGGAGCAGUUCUUUACCGGAUCCUCGGAUACCUCCUUCUUGAACGAUUUGGAGGGAGCCGCUUUGACGCGGUACAAGCGUCAAAUCGAUGUUACUUACUCGGACUUUGUAAAACGCGUUGCUGAUGGCAGGAAUCUGACGAUUGAGCAAGUCGAGAACGUUGCUGGCGGUCGUGUCAUGAACGGCAAGGAGGCUCUUAAAGCUGGACUGGUGGAUAAGCUGGGAGGACUGUCACAGGCUGUCCGGCUCGCAGGAGAUUAUGGCCUCGAAGCCCACAAGGCCGCGGGACAUCUGCCCUCCAUCGUGCAGGUCGAGAACAUUGUAGUCAAGGUCUUCCCUAAACCCAAACCUUGGUUACAGCAGCUCGUGGAAUCGAUGACAGGGGAUGAGGCGGUGGAUAUGUAUGCCAAGGAGAAGGUCCGGGCUAUGAUGAUGAAGGUGUGGUCUGGGGACUUUGGAGGGUUGAUCCAGGAGAUGGGGUUGGGGGAGGAGGUUUUUGGAGGUAGCGGGGUGGGGCAGCAAAGGCUUGAGAUUGAGGAUUUGAGGGUCGUGUAG